UGUUGUUUGAAAUAAUCCAAACGGACAGUGUAUAGCUGCUGAGUGGGGGGCUUGGAGGGUUUCUCCGGGUGUUCUAAUAGAUGAAUAUAUUUUUUCUCAACGAAUUCCCUGGAUUUUCGUCGCCAUCGUGAUGUGCAUUCCUUGAAAAACAAUUCGCCGAUAGUCUCUGAGUUUUUUGUACCAGUAAAACGGUCGAGACUAGUUGAAAAGGAUAUUACGAGACAGUCACCAACGACGAGGAAUCCUUUUUCGGGGGCCCUAGAAACGUGAGGAAGCCAAGAUAACGAUUUUUUUGGGUGAUAGAAAUGGCCACGCUGAGGGUGCACGAAGAUCAGGAGAAUCGUAUCAACGAUGCCAGACGGGGAAAGGAAAACUGUGGCUUCAGGGAGCAUCAGGGUGGUAUAGGACAGCAAAAGCGUGCAGUUCUGGGCGUCCUGCAUAACAACUGCCACAGAGCCAAGCCGGAAAUCAACAACAAAGAGGAUAAAUUUUCAAAAUCGAAAGCUACAUUCAUUCCACCUCCUUAUGACGGUUUUAAAGUAUACGAUGGCAAGAAAGACGAAGGUGCCUUCAAGAUCUAUGAGGACAAACUGGAGGAAGAAACUCAGGUUGUCCUCCGGGAAACACGAGACACGCGCGAGAUACAGGUUAAAAAAACGACCGAGGUAACGGUCAACGUAACACGUGCAAAAAAGGUCGAGUUGGCGGUGAAGAGCAUUGUGCCAGCAUUCAGACCAGCCCUUGGUGAAAUUGGUAACGAGAAAAAGAAAGAGGAUGUGUCAUUAUUCAACCGAGCUGGUCCACUGUCUUUGGAGAAAUCCAUUUGCUUGACUGAUUCUGGGAAAAAGGGGCUGAGGGCCAAAAGAGAGGCCACUAAAGUUUCCAAGAGUAAUUUCUAUGAUGUGGAUGAGUACAGGGCGGACAUCUAUAAUUACCUGAGGGUCGCUGAGACUCAACACAGGCCCAAACCUGGCUACAUGAAGAAACAGCCAGAUAUCACUUACUCGAUGCGAGCAAUCCUCGUCGAUUGGUUAGUAGAAGUAGCUGAAGAAUAUCGAUUACACUCUGAGACCCUCUACCUAGCAGUUUCGUACAUAGACAGAUUUUUAUCCUACAUGAGUGUGGUGAGAGCAAAGCUCCAGUUGGUAGGUACAGCAGCAAUGUUCAUAGCAGCUAAAUACGAGGAAAUAUACCCCCCAGACGUCGGUGAAUUCGUAUACAUAACUGACGACACGUACACGAAAAAACAGGUAUUGAGAAUGGAACACCUUAUUCUUAGGGUUUUGUCCUUUGACCUGACAGUACCAACGCCACUAGCCUUCCUCAGGGAUUACUGUAUCAGUAACAAUCUGAAUGAUAAGGUUCUGUUUUUGGCUAUGUACUUGUGUGAGUUAUCAAUGCUGGAAGCUGAUCCCUAUCUUCAGUAUUUACCGAGUCACUUGGCAGCAUCAGCCAUAGCUGUUGCACGUCACACACUUCAGGAGGAGACGUGGCCUCACGAGCUUGAAUUGUCCACUGGUUACACCAUCCACGAGCUCAAGGGAUGCAUUACACAUCUGAGUAAAACAUUUGCAAUAGCUGCCAAUAUUCCGCAACAGGCUAUUCAAGAAAAGUACAAAUCUAGCAAAUAUGGACACGUGGCUCUACUCCUUCCUCGCAGUACGGAUGUACUUGCCUGUGAGGAUGACUCUGAGAGUGCCUGAUUCAGUUAUCAUAAUUGUCUUAUAGAUAUGGUCAUUUUUAAAUGGAGUCAUUAACGAACCUCCCUGUCAACAUGGAUUAGUCCUCAGGAGGGGAUUGUGGGGCAAGACUGAUCAGCAACUGUUCGAGGGAGAAGACCCAAAGAACACAAGUUCUUAUGUCGAAAACUGUUUGAAAACAUUUAUGAAAAUAGUCAUGAGUGAUUCGAGUGAUUACACAUCAAUGAAUUUUGUUUUCCAAAUUUUUCGUAGGAUUUAUUUUUUUUUCUAUUGGAAUUUUUCCAUUUUUCGAGUUAACGAAGAAAUAUUAUAGGAAAGAUUCGAAGUUUUCGUUUGCCACGAAAUUGAGUCGAAUGGAACAAUAGUUGUUUAGAAUUUCUUAGUAUUUUUUAAAAUAGUUAUAAAUGAUCAUUUUUUAAAUGCAAUUGAAUGCGAGGAGAGGGAUGUUUUUUUUUUUUUUAAGAGCGGAAGGUGGUCUAUUUUUGGAUGAAUGGGGAGAAUACGAAUGUGGAAAAUUGAGAAUUAGUUGCUUUUCAUACUUGCCAAAAAAAAAUCUAAAAAAAUAAAUAAAACACUUGCCAGUGACGGGAAUAUGAUUCUUCACCUCUGAAUUUUAUUAGGUAGCACUUUCUUCUAUCAAUUUAUUACUGGAAAUGCUGGAAGAUUUUUUUACGUUUUAAGCGACACACACAUAGGAAUGUGAUAGAUAAAAUUUUUUAGAUCAAUAGGGGAAAAGAUUUUAGUCGAUCUGAUUUUUUUAUCAUUAAAAAACCGCAUUUCCCAGCUCUUUAUUUAUUCAUUAUUCAUUUGAAAAAUGUAACGAACUCUAUAAGCAACUUGAUUUAUAACGCUGGCACCGUUGCAUGAUAGCUCCAUGAGAUUAAUUUGUAACAUUUUCUUGGGAAAUGUAGAAAAAUGAGUAAAAUUAAUGAUCAAUUAUUGAAAAUGUACUCUGAAUGCUACGUAAUUAUAUGAGUGAUUGGAUGCACUGUGAAUCCAAUAAAAAAUGGAAAAAUUGUGAAUAAAUCAAUGUACGGCAAUUA